AUGUCAUCUUCAACAUCGACGGCUUCGACAUCUCCCUCAACGACGUCAAAUGCGUUGACAACUCUUUUUAGUUCAUUGAGAAAAAAUCGUUCGAUGUCGCCUAUUAUCAAACGUCUGAUGGCAUUAAGAGUAAAUGUCGUCAACAAUAAUAACAAUGACAACGGUAUGGAUGAUUCAAAUUUGACCAGUGAUGAACAACAACGUUAUGCUGAAAAAGCUAUUCGAAGUUUAGUUAAAAAAUUGAAACGCGGCAGUUCGAUUGAAGAAUUAGAACGCGCGAUAUCACUAAAAAAUUCAGGAACUAAAUGCGUUUGUAUACAGCGUUCAUUGGAUGGUCGUCUACAAAUUCAACAACAUAAAUCAAAUGCAGUCGUUAUUUAUUGUAAAUUAUUUCGUUGGCCAGAUUUAACAUCUCAUAAUGAACUGAAACCAAUGGAUCAUUGUAUAUAUGCUUAUCAUUACCGAAAAGAUGACUUAUGCAUCAAUCCAUAUCAUUAUGAACGAGUACCUGCCACUUAUUCCGUGUAUGUUCCUCGUUUACCAAUGGGUGCUAUUCCCGAAUUAAAGUCAUCGAUGAUGGACGAAUAUUCAUCAGGUCAAAUUCCUGAGAAUACAACGUAUCAACCAUUAGAUCAAUCACAAUCACCAUUAUCAUCAUCAUUUGCACAAUCUCCAUCUAGCAUUAGUUCACAAGAUUCACCUGGUAUAUCCAGUGACGAUGGUAGUUGUUAUCAUGAUCCACUAUCAACAUCAAUGUCUAUGGAUAUUGGUGGAUAUGAACCAACGUCUAAUCCACAACACACUGUUACUUCUACAACAGCGUCGUCACCGCAUGUUAGUGGUGCUUCGAAUACAGCAGCAUCAACAAACUUUUUAUCUUCUGUACUUCUUCCACUAAACAAUGGUAGUAAUCAUUUACCACAACAACAACAACAAAUCUAUGCAACUUCAAACGGCGGUACGCCAACGCCAUUAGCCUAUGAACAAGUUCCAUUUGAAGAGCCUCAUGAAUGGUGUCAUAUUUCGUAUUAUGAAAUGUCAAAUCGCGUUGGUGAACAAUUUCGUGCUACUCAGCCACACGUUGUUAUUGAUGGCUUUACCGAUCCAUCAAAUGCUGAUCGAUUUUGUUUGGGAUUGUUGACAAAUGUUCAUCGAACCUUUGAAAUUGAUAAAGCAAGACGAUUUAUUGGUCGUGGUGUUCGAUUAUAUCACAUACGAGGUGAUGUUUAUGCUGAAUGUAUAUCUGAUAACCCGGUAUUUGUACAAAGUCCUAUAUGCAAUCAACGAUACAGUUGGCAUCAAGCUACUGUAUGCAAAAUUCCACCGACACGUAAUUUAAAAAUAUUUGAUAGCGCUGAUUUUACUCGUACAUUACAUAAUGCAAUAAGUGAAGGUUAUGAAGCUGUAUGGCAUUUAACAAAAAUGUGUAUCAUACGAAUGAGUUUUGUGAAAGGAUGGGGUGUCGAAUAUAGACGUCAAGCUGUUACAUGUACACCAUGUUGGGUUGAAAUUCAUUUAGAUGGUCCAUUGAAAUGGUUAGAUAAUGUUUUACAACAUAUGCGUGGUCCAACACAAUCCAUUACAAGUGUAUCAUAA